AUGUGUCAUGAAGUGUGUGACGUCACAAAGAGAAGAUUCAACUGCACAUGUCCGACAGGUUUUAGUGGAUUUAAGUGUCACAUUGUGCCCCCGCCGAAAUCAUGCAGAGAUGUAAUGUUGUUUGAGAAAACCAAAUCCAGUGGUAUCUACAACAUUGUUGACCAAAACAACAUUUCGUUCCCAGUUUAUUGCGACUUUGGUUCCGAGACUGGUAUGGCAUGGACUCUGAUCCAGUCCCAUUCGUUCCAAAACAAUGGCGCCUUCACAGACAAACCAUUCUACCUGUACGACCUGCCAAUCAACUAA